UGUGUGGGGAAACGGCACUGGGAACGAUACAGCAUCAUGUAUUUGAGAAUAAGAUGUAGGUUUAUUUGAUUUAAUAUACUUUUUAUGGGGAAAAAUAAAAAGAAAUCUCUUCUGAGAUUUUCAUAUUCAUAAAACCAAUAGUAAGAUUCAUGCAGUUUCAAUGAGCGAAUCUUUUUUCAUUUAAUUUUCGUUUUUUUUUUUCAAUAAUUUUUCUAUUGUGUCAAUCAAAGACAGAGUAUAAAUGCUGAAGCAUCAGACCAUCGGCGCCUUCUGGGCAAAAGGAUUCUGAAGGAGUCUCCGGAGACAUCAAGUUCCCGGCUCCAAAGAAGAAAACCACAAGACGUCUCUGGAAAUGAGACUCCAUGAGAGGUUGUCUGCCUGAAGCCUGGAGUCGGAGACGAACGAGCGUCCAGGAUUUGUCUUCAGAAGCCGGGACUUCCGUCUUCAGAAACUGCAGGAACCUAAGUCUCCAGGAUCAGGGACCUCCGUCUUCAGAUACUGCAGGAACCUCAGUCUCCAGGAUCAGGGACCUCCGUCUUCAGAAACUGCAGGAACCUAAGUCUCCAGGAUCCGUGACCUCCGUCUUAAGAAACUACAGGGACCUCCGCCUCCAGGAUCCGGGACCUCCGUCUUCAGAAACUGCAGGGACCUCCGUCUCCAGGAUCCCCAGGGACCUCCGUCUCCAGAAUCCGGGAAUUCCGUUCAAUCUUCGUGGCUUAAACAGAAACUAAGCUUAGUGCAAGGUCCUGUGAUCAGCAGACAUUCAACAUGUUCUACACAACGCUUAAAGAAAUGAACUCUCAAGCAAUCAUCGCAGUACUCAUUGUAUUAGUAGCAGUAUUCGUAGGACUCAUCAGUUUAGCUCGUCAUGAAAGCGGUGUUCUGCACCAGCUUGUUGGAUGCGAGCAACACGUCUUUGAACUUGAAGGACGUUUGGCAACUCUCCAGGAAUCUUUCACUUAUAGGAUCAUCUCUUGGCUUCUCCCCGAGGGCCCUCACUUCCUUGAUGAAACCGUGGCCUCUUCGCCAGCUGGCGCUUUUCGUCGGAUUUUGUCCUUGUGGCCCAGGCUUGCAAGGUUUUGGCAAUCCAGACGGGAUCUUCAGCAGUGCGAACUUGUGGCCCAGAACCUGGAAACAAAAUUAAGAAACGCCGAGUCCAAACUUGGAUACUUACGCUUUGUUAAAUCUCGAUUAACAAAUCAGAUGUCUAAUAUCUUUGUUUAUUUCGGAGUUUUUUUGGCGGUCGCAGCAAUUGCCUUAAUGAGCUGUUGGAAAUCUAGCACUGAAAAGGAACAAGAAUCAGAGAACGAGCAAUGGCAAGGAAAUGGCUUGGAAUCGGACUGGUCUUCGAUGGAUGGUUCACUUGAAUCGACUGAGGAGCAACUUUUGGACGGACAUCUAAAUCUAACUGAAAAGGAAAGCCACCCCGAGGAGCACCAUGAGUCAAUUGAGGAAGAAAGAGCUCUUUUCCAGAGAAUGAAAGAGCAGAUGGAAGCUGAGAUAGGACGACUCCGCAAUGACAUGAAUGUCAUCCAGAAGAACCAAGAGGCAGAGGCUGAAAACGCGAUCAAAACUAUUAAUGGUCUUAGGGAAGAAAACCAGCGAUAUCAAUCAGAGAUCGCUCACCUCGCCAAGAUAACUGAAGCCACUCUAAAGGAAAAGCAAGCAAUGAGUGAAACAUCAGCCAAUACUGUCGUUAAUCUUCAACGAAUUAACGAACAAUUGAAAGCACAAGUUCAUAUCUUCUCCCGUAAUUACAAAGCCCUUAAGAAACAAUGGCAGGAGGAGCAGGAAAGGGCAAACGUGACCAUACAAGAUCUUCAGGAGAGAAAUGACCAGCUGCUCAAGGAAAUUGCCGAUAAAGAAGCAUCGGCUGAAGAACAUCGCAUCAAGAGCGAUGAAAUGGAGCUAUCAGUUCACCACUUGAGACAAGAAGUGGAAAGGGCUCAGGAAGAAACCCGAACCCAGUUUCAGGUGAAAUCCCAACUUUUGGAAGAGAAAGAAGACCUAAUGAGAAAGUUUAUUAAACAACAAGGUCACGUUAUCAGUGCUAUGACUAAAGAGAAACGAAGGUUAAAGUUAGAAUUGACAGCUGCUAAAAUUAGUGAAUUUGUGCAAGGCGAACAGUACCAGGGUCUACUUGCAGAGUUAUCUGAAUUUAAGAAUAAGGGGAGCAUUCUUGAAAAUACUAAUUCACCCUCAUCUGCAGAAGACAGUGGUACUUUAGGGCAAGAUCUAGUCAAGGAGAAUGUUUGUCUUCCAGACGAAGAAGUUAACAAGAAAGAGGCCCAAAAGGCUGAUGAGAGUCAUCAGGUGAAUAAGGAGCAGAAGGAAGAUGACGAAAUGAUUGUGACAGUCAAGGGUAGAGUAAAAAGUAGAGACAUUGAAGAGGAGGAUGAAGCUGACGACAAGGGGUGCCAAAAUCCCCAAAAUGAAUCCCCUCCCAGGACAGAAAAGCCUCAGCAACAACCAAUCACCCUCAACCCUAUGCCCAAUCAGCCACAGAUGGAGAGUGAUGUCUUCUCUCGCCUUGGAUGGCCAAAACCAUCAGCAGAGAUUCAUCAGUUGAAUAAAGGGCAAAAGGAAGAUGACAAAAUGAUUGUAACUGUCAAGGCUAGAAUAAAAUGUAAAGAAAUUAAAGAGGAGGAUGAAGCUGACAAGAAAGAAGACCACCGAGUCGACCAGGGUUGCCAAAAUUUCCAAAAUGAAGACCCUCCCAGCACAGAAAAGCCUCAGCAACAACCAAUCACCUCCAACCCUAGGCCCGAUCAGCCAAAGAUGAAAAGCAAUGUCUUCUCUCGCCUUGGAUGGCCAAAACCAUCAGCAGAGAGUCAUCAGGUGAAUAAGGGGAAGAAGGAUGACGAAAUUAUGAUCGUAACAAUAAAGGAUAGAGUCAAAGGUAGUAAACUAGAAAAAGAUGAAGGACUUGACAAGAAAGAUGAUCAAAAGGUUGAAGAGGGAUGCAAAAAGUCCCAGAAGGCAAAAAAAGCUAGAAAAGCAAGAAAGGCUAAGAAAAAAUUAAUCAAAUUCGACCUUUAAAUUGUCAAGCAAUUGUGACUAGCAGCUGGUCAUAUUAAAUUCCCCAUGAGCAAGAUCCACUACCUGGAUCUCUGCCAACCAUUUGGGAGUUGGUAAGUUAAUGCCUCCGUCACCAAAGCUGGCUUUCUGCCCACCUCUUAUCUUGGCCUAAGUAUCCUUAAGGAAUUUGGUAGCAA